CAAAGCAUAUGAUUUUUCUUAAAUAAAAACUCUCCAAUCAAUCUCUCCUCUUCCAGAACCGGCUGUAAAUUAACAUGAUGGAAUCCAGAAAAAUAGUCCAAAAAAUGAAGCAUUAUCCAGAUGGUGGGGCACUAAAUCAGAACGGCAAUUAUAAAGAAAUAGUGGUGGUAGGACCAGCAGAUUUUGUUCUCCAAUAAUAGCAGCGUUUGGUGGCAAUAACUCCAACCAACCAAACCCCUAACGUUAAACAAAUGCAAACCGUCCAUUCAGUUUCAUCAUGUGAUUCUACUGCAUUCGAAGACAGACCAUGAAAGGUUCGAACCACGUAAUCUGACAGCUCAGACACACAGAUUGGGAAUCACCUGCUUCUGAUCCUCCGGUUUUUCUCCUAAACCAGAGAACCUUUUCUUUUUUCUUUUUUUUUUUCUUGUUCAAUUAAAGGGAUUUUGUUUGGAUGGUGGUGGGGACUAAAGGAGGUGAUGUUAUGGAUGAUGACGAUGUUGGGGGUGUGGAACCGCCUUCCCAUGGUGAAGUUUCCUUUGUUUCCUGCUCGAUUUGCCUUGAUUUGGUCACUGAUAAUGGAGAGAGAUCGAGGGCUAAGCUGCAAUGUGGCCAUGAAUUUCAUCUUGAUUGCAUUGGUUCUGCAUUCAAUAUGAAAGGGGCAAUGCAAUGCCCCAACUGCCGAAAGAUUGAGAGAGGUCGGUGGUUAUUUGCAAAUGGCUCUGCUCGUUCAUUUCCUGAGUUUAGCAUGGAUGACUGGACUCCUGAUGAAGAGACAUAUGAUUUCAAUUAUUCUGAAAUGCCAUUUAGAGUGCAAUGGUGUCCAUUUAGUGGAUUUACACAAGUUCGUUCAUCUUUUGAGGAAGUGGAAUCUCCAUCAACUACACAUCAUGACUUACAGGGACACCAUGCCAUAUUAUCUGAACAUGCUGCUGCAUCAUCUGCAGCUCAUUCAUAUGUUGCUUACUUUGGACCCAUUCCACCCACCCACUCAAACUCCUCUGAAAGUGUUGAUGAUCUGAACUUCAAUCAUCACUGGAAUAGCCUCUCUGCACACAGUGAGAUCUUUUCUUCCCAUGCUUUUCCUGCUAUUGAUAUCCAAUAUCAAAGUUGGGGUCAUCAUUCCCCUCCCUUCUCACCAACCAGCAGCCAUAUUAACGGUGCUGAACAGGCUCCAGCUCUACCUGCAACACUGAGAUCUAUGAGAGGUGAAUCUGAUGCUAUGACAAGGUCUGGAUCUUUUGUGCAUCCAUUGCUCUUCGGUCCUGGGUCUGGUCAUAGGGCUGGGAGUGCAUUUGUCUCCUCAAUUGUCCCUAAUCAUCCAGGAAACAGUGUUCUUCGAACCUAUGAAAGAAUCCAUAUCUCCCAUGCCCUACCUCAUCAACAUCCACCUCCUAAUUCUCCAGGCAUGCCCACUUCUAUUGUUCCUGGUGUCAGGAGAUUCAAUGGUCCAAGGGCCUUGCCUCCUGUAGUGCCAGCAGCCUCACAAUCUGAUCACAGUGCUGGUUUCUACAUCUUUCCUCCUUCAGGAGCAUCAAUCCGAAACAUACAUGAGGCAGAAAACCCAUCACUGAAUCAUUUUCAUGCAUGGGACUCAGGCUGGGGAUCGUUUCAUCAGGCUACCGGUGGCUCUGAUUCUGGCAGCAGGUCUAGCAGCUUUUGGAGGCACUGGUCUUAGAUGCCCACCAGGUUGGUUGAGAAAGUUUGUCAGUCAAUUCAUCCCAGCUUUUUGAAAACUUCUCAUUUGAAUUGCAUCUGAACUUCUCAAUUCCGGAACCAAAAAAAUAUAUUUGACAAUUGGUGAACAAUUGUCUGUUCCUGUAAAUUUCGGCAAACUUGUCCAGUCAUAUGGCCCUGGAAUUUGGCUAAGGUAAGCUGGCAAAACACUUUUGUGGCAAUCUUGUGGCCAUGCAAUGACAUUUAAUCCCUCUUUAUAAAAUAUGUUUAUAUGGGAUAACUUGAAA